AGCAAACUGUCAUAAAAGUUUGUGAUUUUGAUGGAGACAGACGAGACAUUUUUGGAAGUAAAAUCGCGAAAAACACGCAAACCAAGGUCUCCAAAAAGAAUUCUGAGCUUGAUUAAAGAUGGAUGAGGAGACAGAUAAGGAGACGAUGGAUGAAAGGUGGUUUUUAGAGAGGCUGGGACCUCAGCUGACGAAAUUUUAUUUGAAGGAAGGCGAAAACUUAAUUGGACGAUCCUUGACGUCUGAUAUUCAUGUGCUGUCAGACUUUGCGUCGCGUCGUCAUUGUAUUAUUACUCUGAGGGAAGAUUUGCUGGGCCUGGAGGACCUGGGAUCUUUCAAUGGAACCUUUGUGAAUGGAAAAGAGAUAAAGAACUGUUCUUGUGAGGUGAGUCUUGGUGAUAUCAUUGCCAUUGGGGGUCAGAUGGAUGUGCAGUAUGUUAAUCUUCGGAAAGAUGCCUUCUUAUUCCGCCUGCGGAAUGAAAGGAAGGAAAUGGAAGAAGAUCUUGAGGAAAGAGCUACUGUUGAUUUCAAUGAAGUUGCACCACAUUUAAAAGUCAUUGAAAUUGAUGAUGAUGAUGAUCAGGUAGUAAAGGUAGAACCAGAAUUUGAGGAAUCAGAACGAUUGCGUUCAGUAUCACCACUUGAGCUCGAUUUUGAGAUCGAUGAAGAAAAUAAGUAUUCUUUAGGGAUUCUGUCCCAAAUGGCGGAAGAUAUGCAAGAAGUGCAUACAAUUGAUAAAAAUUGUCGCCAGGAGAAUUUCAAAGAGCCAGAGGAUGAUGGUACUCGAGCUAUUUCUCCUGAAGUCAUUGAUCUGAUUUCAGAUGAGGAAGAUGACUUUGAAAACAAUGUGGACAAAUGGCUUUCAAAGCUCUCGCAGUCUCAACACAAGGAAGUUCUUGUGAAGACGGAGAGAACUGUUGAUGAUAAUGACGAUAUAAUGAAGUCCAUGAAAGAUGUAAGGGUUCUACUGAGUCCAUUAAAGACACCACUAAUGGAUAAUGACCAGGAGAAGCAAAUUGCAGGAGUUGCUGAAGAGGCAACAUUUAGUCCAAUAUCGUCGGACGAUGAAAUCAUUAUGCCGAAAAAAAGGAAAAUUUCGAAGCUGUCAUCUUCCGAAGGAAGCCCUGUAGAUGUUGGCGAAGUUCCUGAGCAGGCUGAAGUCAUUCCUGAUCCUUCCGCGGAGAUCUCUCUAAACAACGAUGUUUACAUGCUCCCAGAAGUGAGCUCAACAGACAAAAAUGAAGUAUCUCCAGUUAAAGAGAUAGCAGUGGAAAAUAUUCAAAUAAUGGAAGCUGAUCAAAGUCAUGCUUCAAAAAUUUCGACUACAACAGUUCCUGAUUCCAGUAUCGGUCAUCCUGUUGAACCCCACAAAAGUUCUUCUUCGUCACGUAGUUCGGGCAGGAAGAGGGGCAGAAAAAGAAGUAAGAGUGAUCGACAUCGGAAGCAUCACAAAGAUGACAAACAGAAAGAGAAGAAAAGUCUUGAGAAACCUCCCGAAAAAAGUGCUCCUACUGUCUCUGCUAGUCCGGAAAAGGCUCAGGAAUCGGAGAAGAAAAAGGUUACAGCAACCAGGAAGUUUCCAGAGAUAAUUGAUGCACCAGUAAAACCAAAGAGAGCGCAUCUUCGAGGGUUUUGCGCCAGUGAAAUGGGGAAGUCUUCCAAAAAAGUAUCACUUGAGACUGUGCUUAAGCAGAAUCCUUCUAAGGCACUUCCUGUGACGGAGGUAAUUCGUUCCAAAGAAAUUAAAGAGAUUCGCAAGGAGAAACUCAAGGAAGUGACAACGACCAAGAUUAACUCUGGUGACUGUAGAGUCAUAGUGCAAGCUCCAACCAAAAUAAAGAUAACUCGGGUCAAUCGAGGGAACUUCCUGACCGAAGAACUGCCAAAGACAAAGAUCCCUACUCGCAGGAUGAGUUUCGAUGCAGCUCUCGAGAAGGCUCAGCCAAUUGUUCCUCAACGAAUUUUAGCGAGACGCAAGAGCAUUGAUGUCCGAAUGCUAGAAACAAGUAUUCCCGAACCAGUUCAAAGUCCAGCCAUUGUGGAGAGAAGGAUUGCCGAGCCCGAGAUUCCUUAUGCAUUCCUUGGAACUCAUAUUAAAGAGAAGAAAAGGAUUGCUCACGAUGUAAAUAAGGUAUCGAAGGGCCAACAAGGUGAGUCUUCCAAAGAUUUUCUUCCCAAAUAUUCAGUUCUUCCUGCUCCAUUGGAGUCCUUUGAGCCUGAGAAAAAAUCAAAUAAAGCACCGAGGAUUUCUUUUGACGAACCUUUGGUUGAAGUUUUUGAGUACUGCCCGACACCUCCGCCACCGGAUGACAGUGAGGAUGCCGAGUUCUGCUACAGGACAUCAGAUGACAUUAUCAAUGAAGUGACUAAGUGGGAUCCAAAAUGGCUCACUAAUAAGAACCUGGAUAUUGUGGAGUUGAUAAAUGUAGCAAAGCCUCUACGAAGUAUAAGGAACACUUUUAUGGACUUUGGAAGUUAUAUCGAGACAAUGAUUCCUCUGAUGCUCCUGGAUCUCUGGGCAUUCUUGAUCAACAAUAGUUUUCUCAUAAAGCAGAAUGAGAGGAUUUUUGCACAAAUCAUUGCAGUUGAAAAUAAAGAAAAGACAUCUAUUUUAAAAAUUGCUUUGAUCAAGUACAACAAGAGAUUACCAUUCAAAAACGGAGAUUUGGUGCAGUUUUAUGUGCGAGUUGGCUUGAGGAUCGUCAGAUUCUUUGCAUUUGUCAAUGUUAUUGAGAAUAACGCAACUGUUCUGAUAGUUACCUUUACAACGUCUAAUCGGGAAGUUGAUAAUAGAAUUGUAGGACAAGUGGGAGAGAUUGAGAAUGUUGCUACAAUUUCAACUUCUCUUCGUAUGUUUGACAAUGUCUUCAGUCUGGAGUGCUCUCCUCUCUGCCUUGCAAUCCUUGAUCCCAAUUUGAUGGAUUGCGAAGUGUACAAGUUGAAGAAGGCUUUUCAAUAUUGUGGCUUUGAGACGCUAAAUGUACAUCAGAUGAGGGUUCUAGAGAAUCUCUAUGAGCAGUGCUUGAGCCCUGGGGGAACCAUAAGCUUGAUGCAGGGUCCACCAGGAACGGGUAAAUCUCGAAUUUUGGCCAAUUUGAUCAUGCAAUUGCUCUUUGGUUCAAAGAGUAGCCUGUACCAGGAAAUGCGAAUUCUCGUUUGUGCUCCUAGCAAUACUGCUGUGGAUUUAUUGACUCACAGGCUCAUUUGCUUGCGACAAUCAAUGAAUGUGGACGAUCGAAAAGCUAUUCGAAUUGUUCGUUGUGGAAUGGAUGAGAAAAUAGGCUAUCAUGUGAGAGGAUUUUCAAUGGAAGAACUGUCAAGUCGCUCAAAGAGGGAUAUGAUUGAAAAACGAAAGGAUCCAGAGUAUGUAAAUGUGUGGAAAGGAAAGCUGAGAGUAAUGGAAAAGCGUCUUGGAGAAAUGCUGUCGUACAGAAAAUACUCAGUUUCAUCAGAUAAUGCUGCAGAAAUUGAGCGUAUGCAGAUUAAAAUCAAUGAAGUGAAGGAGUAUUUGAGUGGAAGUGAUAAUUUUACCAAGUCAUUUGUGAUUGAUAGAGUUUUGGAGAAUGCCAAUGUGAUUUGCACAACACUCAGCAGUUGCAACAACUUGACCAAAUAUGGUUUGGAUGCUUUUGAUGUUUGCAUUGUUGAUGAGGCAACGCAGGCAAAUGAACCUUGUACACUGACACCUCUUCAAUUUGGCGUGUCUUCCUUGGUGCUUGUCGGAGAUCCACUUCAAUUGCCCGCAACUGUUCUCUCAAUGGAAGCGAAAGAACAUGGUCUCAGUCAAUCGCUGUUCAAGAGACUGAGCAAAACCAACACAACUCCUGUACAGUAUCUCAAUGAACAGUAUAGAAUGCAUCCGGAAAUAUGCAAAUUCCCAAAUGAAUAUUUCUACCAAAACCGACUUGUGACAAAUUCAUUGGCAAUAGAUGAGACUUUCCCCUGGAAACCCUAUGGAGUUUUCAGCCUUGAGUACACAAAUCAGAAUCAAGGAGAUUCUCAUAGUACUUCCGGCAAUGCAGUUGGAUUAGACUUUGUGUGCACUCUCCUCAAAGUCAUGUUAACAAAAGCACCUACAAGAACCUGUUCAUACGGCAUAAUAACGCCGUAUUCACAGCAAAGAAAUGAUCUCGCUGAUAAAGUCAGCUCUGUUUCCAAAGAUAUCUUUAUUGGCACGAUUGAUGCGUAUCAGGGUCAGGAGUUGGAUGUGAUAAUUAUUUCACUGGCCAAAACGGAUGGGGUGGGUUUCCUGGCCAACUCCCAGAGGCUCAAUGUGGCUCUAACGAGGGCCAAAAAGUGCCUUUUCAUCUGUGGCAAUUUCAUCAACCUCACGCGAAACGAUAUAUGGAAUAAUUUUACUGAGGAUGCAAAAAGGAGGGACUUGUUCCAAAUUGUCACAUCAGUCAGCGAGAGUGUUGUCCUUAGUUUUAUAAUGAAAUGAAUUAAUGUUGAUGCCGGGCGAUAUUUCGCUUAGGGUAAGUGUGCCAAAUUUCGGCAUAGUUGCAUGCAAGCGCCAAAGUCUCAAGUUUGAAAUGUAAUAUCUUUAAUAGAAAUUGAUUUUUUUUCAUUCCUUCUACUUUAGGAAUGUUGCUUAGAAUCUUGUAGACAGUUUAUCGUCUUUAUUUACUUUAAAAUCGUUCUUAAUAGAUUUUAAAAUGAAUAAAAAUGUAUACAUAGCUUUGGUGCCCUAUUUCGGCCACCUUCAUUCUCAUAGUUCCUUGCCCUUUGGGAAAUCUUCCAAUGUCUUUUUCACGUCAUCUCGUUUGUUGAAGCUACAUUUUUGUUAUUCUUUUGCAUUGUAUAAUCUCUAGAGUAUGUAAAAACUAAAAAAUCAUGGAAAUUCGAGGAACAAAAAAGGUGGCCGGAAUUGCAAGCUGGCCGGAAUUUGCCACACUUACCCUAUAUCCAAUGCAAUAAUUUUAAUAUCAAUAACCUUUGUUAUGAGUAUACUGAAUUAAUUAUUUUUGAUAUGAAAAUUAACACUAUUAUAAUGAGAAAUUUUGCAAGUUGAAUAUAUUUGAAUAUGAGAUUAAAA